AUGGCUCGAACUAAGCAGACAGCGCGCAAAUCCACCGGAGGGAAAGCUCCCCGCAAGCAGCUGGCGACCAAAGCGGCCCGCAAGAGCGCUCCGGCCACGGGCGGAGUGAAGAAACCUCAUCGCUACAGGCCCGGCACGGUGGCUCUGCGGGAGAUCCGCCGCUACCAGAAAUCCACCGAGCUGCUGAUCCGCAAACUGCCCUUCCAGCGCCUGGUGCGAGAGAUCGCUCAGGACUUCAAGACCGACCUGCGCUUCCAGAGCUCGGCGGUGAUGGCCCUGCAGGAGGCCAGCGAGGCUUACCUGGUGGGACUGUUUGAGGACACCAACCUGUGCGCCAUCCACGCCAAGCGAGUCACCAUCAUGCCCAAAGACAUCCAGCUGGCCCGCCGGAUCCGCGGGGAGCGCGCCUAAACGGAGCUUGUCCGGCCCUGCACAUUCACCCCGAGAGAGAGAAACAACGGCUCUUUUCAGAGCCACUAAACCAUCCAGAGAGCGGGAAGCGAUCGCAGUCGUUGGAACUUGUCUUUGAACAAUAUUGAAGGGGGCGGGUGUGACGUCAGUAAUACAUUUCAGGGGCGUUAGUUGAAGACACAUCGCACAAGCGGCAGUGAUUGGAAUAUACGCUGCUGUGGAUGUUCUGUAAUUUCCACGUGGUUUCAUUUAUAGAAGUGCAGUAUUAUUCCGGAUUAAAUCCCCCCCUGUCUCCCUUGGUAUUCCCAUCAGCUGUUGACUAUAUGAUCAUUGCUGAGAUAGCUGGCGGGAAAACAUG